AUGUCGACCCUACACUCAUCCAAUCCACACCCAAGCCAAUACAACGCCCAUAAUGAUGGUCAUUAUCCACCUGGACAACAGCAUGGAGAUCCAAACCAAUACGAUGCGAACGACUAUGAUGAUUAUUACCCCAGCCGCGGGAAUCAGCACAUGCCAGGCCAUUUCGACGACGGCGAGUAUGACGAAGAUGAUGACCUUGAGUGGGGCCCAGACUCAGAGGGAAACGGACAAUACGGACACGGGCAAUUCGGACACAGCACAAGAUUGCCAGGUGGUUGGGACGACGAAGAGGAAGAUUUGCCCGGGGAGGAAGAACAUCACUUGCCUCGCCCGAUACGCCCUGAGCCCAUGCGCCAUGAGCCGGACCACGAUGAGGCGGAGUUUGAGGGGCAGGAGCACUAUGAGGCGGAGGAUGAGGAGCAGGAGCACUUUCCACCGCAGCACACUGUACCGCAGCACCCUGACCCUAAGCUAGAUUUGGACUGGCCGGAGGACGCUUCGUCGUCGGACCCUUGGUCGUCCCACCCUUCGACGUUGCCCUCUAGACAGCAGCCUGGGUCGCCGCAACCUGGGCCGUCGCACCUGGGGCCGUCGCACCUGGGGCCGUCGCACCUGGGGCCGUCGCACCUGGAGCCGACGCCGCAACCUGGGCCGUCGCGUCCUAGGCCGGACACGACUAUUGCCGACGACCCAACAUUCAAAGACAACUCUCAUCACACCACGCCCGCGAACAAUCAGCCGCCCAAACAACAGAAUAUCCCACCAUACCAGGCCGGUCAGAAUCGCCGCCCCUUCCCUAAGAAGGCCCCCUUCGCAGCCGCUCCCACAGCCUCCGCUGGGGGCCCCGCCGACAAAUUCCGCCACGGAAGGGCGAUGAAAACCUUCAAGCCGAUGAGCGACGCAAUCACCGACUUGGCAACCCGGUUCUACCACAUCUCGGGCAAACCCAAGGCAACACUCGCAUUCCAGAAAGCCGAACCAGAGAUGAAGACCAUCCAGAGCCUGCGCCUAAAGCUUGAGGAGCAAUGCAAGGCUGCUGACAAGGCCUUUGAAUCCUCAAUGGGAGGGUCCUCGUCUCACCAGGGCUCAGCAAUGGCCGAGCAACCCGUCCAGGACGUGUCGGCGAUCAUGAAGACGAUUUUCAGCUUCAAGCAGCCAAUCACAAACAUGCAAAAGCACUUGAAACAGGUCGUCGAGGAGAUGGGCCCCGUCGACAGAUACAGGCUGUUCCAAAGAGAGAACCCAAUCAUAACCAAGUUGAUGGAACAGGUGGCCUUCACGGGCGUCAAGCUCUUCAUCCCGUCGGUUCAUAUUAUCUAG